AUGUCGAAAAAGUUCUUAGCACAUCAUCCCCCUUCCUCUCCCGACACUAGGAAUCCCACUAGCUUUAGCCGCAGAGAACAGGAACAAAACGACCAAGUUUCAAGGUUGUAUGAGCUUGGAUUGCUCAGCGACUUGGAUAAAAGGUCCAGGAGGCGAGAGAAAGACAAGGACAAGGAUUUACCUGGUGGAGCCCGCGUUGCAGGAUCCCAUCCCAAAAAGGAUAAUCGUAAGAUCUUAGAACAUACUCGUGCUAAAUCCAAUCCGUCGCCGUCCUCGAUCUUACUUCUAGCCAGCAAAGCAAGUCGUGAUUUCAAACAGCGAGCUGGUGGUGGAAUGGCAGGAAUGUUGGACACGGAUAGAACUCGCACCAGGAGGGAGAGGACGUUUGUUGGAAGUGAAUGUGCCGUGUGCGAAGAGCCGUUGGAACACACACUACGGGGAGAACGAAUAUUACAGUUUUCAUGUGGCCAUGUCUCACAUGAGGCAUGUUUCUACGAAUACAUUAAGGAAAUUGAAGCUCAAUAUUGCCCAACUUGCAAUGCGCCAUUAGGUCUGGAUACGAGUCGAGGAGGCAAUGUUCUUGACAUUGUCUCGGCCAGCGACCAAUCCGCUAGGUCAACGCCCACGCCCACGCCCACGACUUGGGAAAGCCAGACCGUACGCCCACCGAGUCGCGAAUCCAAUGCUCGAACCACUAGAACAAGAGCAAACAGUCAGGAUACCCAAACUAGGGAUAAUAGCAGAGAUAAUGGUAGCAACAGGGAUAGUAGGGAGAGUAGAGAGCGCAUGGAUAGAUAUGCACCACCCUUGAGAACCUCGCAUCAAAGAAACGACAGCGAAAAUGCUCCAUCAUCCAUUGGUUAUCCAGAGACUCCAGUUAGCGGUCCACUCCGCCGUCAAGACUACGAUGUACAAGCAACGGAGUCAGAUAUUGUUAGUCCUCGGGCAAGCGUCACAAGGAAUCCCAUACCAGCUCCAGUCAUAAGCAUCCGUUCAGAGUUUCCCACCCUCAAUAGAUCCCGACAGCAACAGACUUUGACUUGCCUAAUCACAAUCGAAGUACCUGAUAAUAAAUGGCGACCCGACCCAGAUGACAUUCGAAGCGCUCCCCCAUUACCCAACAUCCGCCCUGAAGACACUUACGCUCGACCCCCAUCUCCUGCGCAGAGUGCACCGCGUUUUUAUCCUUAUGAAUCUCCGGAAGUUUUGGAUGAAAUCACGGAAGGUUUACGGACCCGGGUAGAGAACUGGCACGGUCUUGAUUUCAAUCGAUUCGGAAAACUGCGGCUGUAUGGAACCGUUCGAGUUGGAAAAGAUAAACAAUCGUGGCAGGAAUUGGAAUGCUUCCUGUUCGCGGAAAUGCUUAUUUGCGUGAAAGAGAAGAGGGUUUCAUCAUCCCAACCUUGGGACGAAUCUAAUGGGAUUCGAAAAAGCACCCGAUGCACUCUCAAAGGUUCAAUAUUAAUCAAGAAGCAUUUGAAUGAGGUGAUCGAGUCUGGAACUGGCAAUUCCCUGGGACAAACAGAAAAAAUCACCGCAGCUAACUUACGACCUGCUGAAGAUAACAAUAUAUUGACCUUGAGCCUCUCAGUGGCAGAAUUACCAUCAUUUCAUCUCAAAUUCGACAACCGCAAUCAGCUCAAGCUAUGGCAACAAGCAUUGUUAGAUUUGAAUGCAAUCGAAGAAUCUCCAGGACGAAGUCCAGACUAUGAUCUCUCGGAGCCUGAAGAAGAAGAGUGGAAUCGCGAUUCCACAGGGCCACAGCGAGCAUCAGCCAAUUCUUCCAGACCUAUUACCGCUGCACCGACAGAGUACAUCAAUGCACCCAGAGGUCUACGGCUACCUGCCGCGGUGCACGUUCCGGUUGAUAUUGUCGUUGUUAUUCCAAUAUCAUCUUCGAUGCAAGGUGUAAAGAUUAGUCUUGUAAGAGAUGCACUUAAAUUUAUGAUUUCCAACCUUGGAGAUCGUGAUCGCAUGGGUUUGGUCACCUUUGGUUCUAGUGGUGGUGCAGCACCACUUGUAGGAAUGACUGGUAAAACAUGGAACGGAUGGCAGCAAAUUUUGUCCUCUAUCAGACCGGUUGGGCAAAAGAGUCAUCGAGCGGAUGUCGUUGAGGGUGCGAAUGUUGCAAUGGAUCUUCUUAUGCAAAGAAGAUCGAACAAUCCAAUAGCCACGAUGCUUCUGAUUAGUGACUCCUCUACGUCUGAUACAGAGAGCGUGGAUUUUGUGGUAUCAAGGGCUGAGGCAGCAAAGAUUGCUAUUCACUCCUUCGGCCUCGGUAUGACACACAAGCCUGACACCAUGAUCGAAUUAUCAACGCGAACGAAAGCUUCCUACACAUAUGUCAAAGACUGGAUGAUGUUGCGAGAAUGUCUUGCAGGUUGUCUUGGAUCCCUACAAACAAUGUCGCAUCAAAAUGUGAAACUGAAACUUCGACUUCCUGAAGGGUCGCCAGCUAAAUUUGUUAAGAUUAGCGGAGCUUUACAAAUCACUAAACGUGCAACCGGUAAAGAUGCCGAAGCUUCCUUGGGAGAUCUUAGAUUUGGGGACAAGAGGGACAUCCUAGUGCAGCUAGUCAUUGCUCCAGAUAAUGCUUCGCAGGAACAACUAGCGCAAGAUCCAUGGGACUCGAUAGUUUCUGGUCUCGAGGCUCUUGGUGGACCACUUGACCAAGAAGACCAACGAGUUGUAUCAAUAGAGGAGGUACCCUUGAUUCAAGCAGACCUAAACUGGGGCGAUAUUCUCCGAGAUGGGACACUUACUCAUUUGCCCCGCCCUUCAUUAUUGGCUAUAACGAUGCUCCCCGCUCCGACGAAUCAGAAGAAGCACACCACCUGGAAUAGCGCCCCACCCAUUCCACCUCAUCCAAGCGUCGUGCAACGCCGUAUGGAACUUCUCACAUCCGACAUGCUUACGCGAGCUCUUACCUUAGUUUCUCGUGGUCAACACGAUCGUGCACAACACCUUUUGAGCGAGACACGAUCAAUCUUGAAAGGUUUAGGAAAAGGUGGUCUACCGCCAAUUCCUCCACCACCUUCAAGAUCACCCAACAACAAUCUCUCAUCCCGGACUGGUUCUUCAUCUCCCACAAACCGUACGCCCGAGCGACGCCGUACUCCUUCACCAACAUCUGCUACUACGGUUACCUCAAAUCAUACCCUGGGCCCCAUUUCUCGACAUAGGUCAAACGACGCACUCUCGGCAAUCACUACAGCACCUGGUAUUGAUCCUAACACUGUCUCGGCCCUUGAUGCUGAGUUAGAAGCAAGUCUAGAAUGGAUCAAUCACCCUGCUGUGUUUGGCAGGGACAACAGGAAAGCAGUACUUCAAGCCAUUGGCGUCAUCAGUAGCCAGCGAGGAUAUACAUUCCGAACCCCAGUAGAAAGUCUCUGGGCAGGUCGUCUCUGCGGCGUCAAGAAAAUGACCGAUCAAAGUCGGGAAUGGAGAGAGGAAGGAGGUGGUGAGGUUGGGAUUACGGAAGAAAGCUAA